GCUGGAAAUAAUCAGAUUAUCAAACGGUAAGGAAGAUGGCUAGUUUAAUCCAAACCCCAAUGGAUAAGAUACCCUCGUAUUCGUCAAAUUCAUCGGAUUCAAUAAAUAAUGUAAGUUCAUAUUUUAGUAGAAGAGUAUCAUUUAAUAAUUUACAUCCUGAUGAUUCAAUUGAGGAAGAUAUUGAAUAUCCCAAUAAUUAUACUACUGGGAAUAGGAAAAGGAAAUUAGCGGAAGCCCCAUCGAAAUCAAUAUUAAAGAAUAAGCUUAGUCCCCAACAACUAUAUUAUAAUUUACAACAUUCCAAGUCAUUGGGGAUAAAUUAUCAUGAUGAUUUAAAUGAAAUGGCAUUACCCGAUGAAAGUAUACCACGAUCAGAAUAUGGACCAAGGAGAAAAUCAUAUUCCGAAAUGACGGAUGAAGAGUUGAUGGCAUUAGACCCCCAGUUUUCAACAACAAAAUCAAAAGUAUCAAAUGUAUCCCAAUUUAAAUUUGACUCUCAGAAAACGUAUUAUUCACCAUCAAGAAAGUCCAAUAAUUAUUUGGUUAAUAAUGCAGCUAACGCUGCCAAUGCCUUAACCAAACAAUCCAUGUAUCCCCUGUCUAAUGAAAAUAAUUAUAAAUCGAUAAGUUUAACCGUGAAACACGAAGAGUUUAAUCAAACAAACCGAACCAUUCUAAGUGUUAUUAGUGGGAGACGCCAUACUUGGAAUUCUCUAGACUGGUUACUUUUAAAUAAUAGUAAAGAUGAGUCCCAAUGGAUAUUAAAUAAUGGAGAUCAUUUGGUGAUUACUUCUUUGAUACCCUUGAAAUUUAUAAAAGAUAUCGAAAUGAAUAAUAAUAAAUAUAAAAAUUAUUCCAAUCGCCAAAUCAAUAUCGAUGAGUUAUUAUAUAAAAAAUGUGAAUCGUUAUUAAAUUAUAUCAUGACUAAUCUACCAGUGGCGCUUAUUUUAAAAGUUACCGUGGAAUUUGUCCUUGAUAUCCCAAAAGAUAAUUGGCAAUUAAACAUUAAAAAUGGUUAUAAAUACAUGUUGAAUCAUAUUUAUAAACAAUAUCAACCCACUCUCAUCAUCAUUGGUAAUAAAUCCACUAAUUUAAACUUUAAAUACCCAAUUCGUUUAUCAAAAGAUGAAAGUUCAAAUGAUUAUAAUCAAUUUUUGGUUAAAUUAUCUUCGUACAUCAUUAAAUAUUCAACAAUUCCAACUAUAAUUGUGGGUAACUCUUCCAAAUUCCAUAGUUCAAAUCAUCAAAUUUCUAAAAAUCCAAAAAUUAGUAUCAUGGAACCAAAUCAAUCUCCGCAUUCUUCGGACCUUUCGCCAUUAUCUUCAAAUUCAAAUACCUAUCACCCUGCUUCUUCUUGGGAUCAAAUUUGUCAUUCAGAUGAUCACAAAUUGAAAAUUGCCUCUCUACAAAAUGAUGAUAAUUCAGAAUUUAAAUUUGCAAAUCUAAUUAGCGAAAUUUCGUCCGCUUCCCUUUCAGAUUGCUCCACUUAUCUUUCCAACAUCCCAGAUCAAUCUGAUCCAAUAACAGCAGAAGAUGACCAAAAUUUGUCCAUCUUUACUAACUCCAAAAUUCACGAUAUUUACAAAAAUCAAACUUAUUUUUCAAAUAACCUCAAUUCUCAAAGAAGAAAAUCUGAUACAAAUAAUCAAAAAAGAAGAAAUAGCUCUUACGAUAUUAAUGGUAAUAUGUAUAAAGUUAAAUCAAUGAUUUCCUACGAUGAAGAAGAUGAACGCAAAAAUGAAAAAUUAAUCAAUUCAAAAAAAAUUAAAAAAACUAAUAGCUCCUCUAGCUCCUCUAGUAGCGAAACAAAUAAUAAAAAAAAUGCCGGAUCCCUAGGUCCUCCUGGUUUCCUUUCUAGGCCCACUCCUGGUUCACUCUAGAACCGCUUCUGUCUUCCUCCGCUUCCUCCAUUCCGUUUGCUGCAAAAAUAGCAUAAUGUCUUUGCUCUAAUCGGUUUUACAGAUUACGCUGG